UAUAAAAAGAAUUGGAUAAGGCGCCAAGUAUGCACGCGUUUCAAGACGCAUCGAAUUCAUAUAAAACACUCCACCGCAGAGGAUCACAACCCACCAAAAUCCAUUUCCGGUUUUCUGAUGGGUCAGUCUUCGCCGGAAAAGCUUAUAGUCGUCAGUAAUGAGCCCAACGGAAUUGGAUUCGUCACGAUCAACCGCCCCAGAUCUCUAAACUCACUCACCAAGCCUAUGAUGACGGACCUAGCUCAAUCCAUCAAGGCCUUGGCUCAAGACGUUUCGGUCCGUGUAAUCGUUCUUUCCGGGUCGGGUCGAGCCUUUUGCUCCGGCGUCGACUUGACUUCGGCCGAGGAUGUUUUCAAAGGAGACGUUAAGGAUGUGGAGUCCGAUCCGGUGGCGCAGAUGGAGCUGUGCAAGAAGCCGAUUAUUGGAGCCAUAAAUGGAUUCGCGGUCACUGCUGGUUUUGAGAUCGCGCUAGCUUGCGAUUUAUUGGUGGCUAGUAAAGGAGCUAAGUUCAUGGAUACUCAUGCUAGAUUUGGGAUAUUUCCUUCAUGGGGACUUUCUCAGAAGCUUUCUCGCAUUAUAGGAGCCAACAAAGCUAGAGAAGUAUCUCUUGCAGCCACACCCCUAACUGCAGAGGUAGCUGAGAAAUUAGGCUUUGUGAAUCAUGUUGUUGAAGAGAAUGAAUUAUUGAACAAAGCCCGAGAAAUUGCCUUGGCUAUUAUAAAAAAUAAUCAAGAUUUGGUGUUGAGGUAUAAGGCAGUGAUAAAUGAUGGCCUCAAGCUGGACCUUGGUCAUGCUCUUUCAUUAGAAAAGGAAAGAGCUCAUGACUAUUACAAUGGAAUGACCAAAGAUCAAUUCAAGAAGAUGCAGGAAUUUAUUGCAGGUCGCAGCUCAAAAAAGCCUUCUUCUAAGUUGUAGACUACUCAUUCUAUUGUUUUUGUUUUCCUUUCUGUUCUGUUCUGCUAAGUUUCAGUACCAAUCCAUAUGCUUAAUUGGAUCUCUUAUAUACAGUUCUUUUAUGAAAAGUUUGUACUUACAGAGUUUAUCAAGUCGAUUAGAAAUAAAUGAAUGGGGAAAUAAAAUGUAUAUUGAAUGUAAGAAAAUGGAAACUGGAGAUGGUCAAAUUUAUCAAA